GUUCUAUCGACUUUGAAGUGAACUUUUGCACUUUGCGGAAAAAAUUUAUUUGAAUUUUAAGUGAAAAUUAGAAGAAAAGCCAAAGCAGCAAUGUCUGAAGAUAAUUCGUGGGUGUUUGAUUCUCUGGUGUGCUUCCUCCAUGGACCCAUUUGGAAUGCCCCAUUGCAGACGUUCAUUGAGGAAAAAUCCUUAAUUUUCGAUCCAAAUGAGAAGCAGGAUGAGACAAAUCCCGAAUUCAUCACCAUUCACAAUGAAUACAAGAAUCUCGUGGAUUUUAUGUUGGGCAGCUUUAUGGAUGAAAUGCAGGUGACCCCGGAGAAAUUCGAGGAGGCCUGCCUAGAGGGGAGGAAUCAGAGUGGAAGCGGAUUAACCUUCCACCAGGGAUUAUUUCAGCAAAUUUGGGCUGCAAAUGACAUUCGCAUCUUCAUCCGCAUGAUGACACAGCGCAAUGUGGAGCUUCAGCUGCAGGCAUUGGAUCUUAUUGAGAGACGGCAAAAUUCUCAGCCAUCGACGGAUGAAACUGCCGAUGUGACGGAGUUCAGUGAACAGGGUGGAACUGAAGAGACAGCUGAGAAGCCCCAGAAGCAGGAAUCUCUGGAAUCCCUCGAUUACUCACAACCACCAGAUCCAGCGGAGAUUCAUGAAAAAGGCACCGAAGAUUUGGCGGAGAAACAACCCGAAGAUGCAGCAACGAUAAAUGAUAAAUUUCAGAGGUUGAAUCUCUUCUUUGAGAAGGAACAAAUGUCGGAGGAGAGCGUGAAGAGCCGUAGGGACUAUUUGAUUGCGCAACGUGAUAAAAUUCUGCAGAUUAAGAAGCAAACCCGCGCAAGGCAGCUCAGUGAGACGGUUAAGAAGGAUGGAAGACCUUCAUCGGCUCAGGUGGCGCAGAAGAUUCUCACCGGAGAGAAUCCCGGGGAGUCUGCAGAUCCACCAGAGGCAUCCCUCCUGCUGAGGAAGACUCUCGCAAGGCGCCUCCGGAAUGAAGUUGUCGAUACGCCAAGAGAUUGAAUUAUUCAUUUUAUAAUAACGGUGAUUUUAUCAAAUUAUAUCUAAUGGAAUUAAUGUUUAAUGCAGUUGAUCAUAAAAAUUUAUGCUAAUACUCAAUGAAAUGUUUGUCAUUAAUUUAAUGAUAAA